AUGAAAUCUAUAGCACAGACCACUUCGGUGUCCAUUGCGCACUACACAAAGCGCAUCCUCGUGACGGGCGGUGCAGGAUUUAUCGGGUCGCACGUAGUCAUUUACCUGGUAAAGCACUACCCUCAGUACUAUAUUGUAAACCUCGACUCUCUUGAGUAUUGCUCCUGUGUACGCAACGUACACACAGCUAUAACGACUUGUAACCACGAGCAGAAUGUACAUGCACAAAAUAUAAGUGCCGGAUGCGUCAAAGUGCCGCAUGAGCAUCUUUCAAAAAACGAGGAUGGUGAGGUUGAUGUAAGUCAGCUAAGCUUUUGCGAGCCUGGCAACGAAUAUGUCAGCAACGAAUUCUUGGCAACAUUGCCCUCAAACUACAAGUUCAUACAUGGUGAUAUUAGUAGCGCAGAUCUCGUUGGUUAUGUCUUAAAGACCGAGUGCAUUGACACAAUCAUGCACUUUGCCGCAGAGUCUCACGUGGAUCAUUCUUUUGGCAAUUCAAUUGAGUUCAGCAAAACGAAUAUUCUGGGUACUCACGUACUACUUGAGGCGGCCAGACUACAUCGUAUCAACAGAUUUAUUCACGUGAGUACAGACGAGGUCUACGGUGAAGUGAAAGAAUGCUCUAAGCCAAUGUCCGAAGAGCAUGUGCUGGAACUCACAAACCCAUACGCAGCCACAAAAGCUGGUGCAGAAUUUCUUGUCAAGAGUUAUCAUCGUUCAUUUGGUCUUCCAACCAUUAUUACGAGGAGCAACAACGUGUUUGGACCCCACCAAUACCCGGAAAAGCUUAUUCCAAAAUUUAUAAAUCAGAUUUUGCGCGAUCGACCAGUGACCGUCCAUGGCGACGGAAUGCACACGCGCAAUUAUCUCUACAUUUCGGAUGUUGUGGAUGCAUUUGACCUUAUUUUGCACAAAGGGAAAGUGGGAGAAGUCUAUAACAUUGGCGGCAAGAACGAAGUUUCCAACAAAAAUGUAGCCAUGGAUCUACUAGCGUUGAUCAAGCCGCAGCUUCUUGACCACGAGAAAAUAAAAUUCAUCACACAUGUUUCGGACCGACCAUUUAACGAUCAAAGGUAUGUCAUCGAUGCCAGCAAGAUCUCUCGGCUGGGUUGGACAGAAAAAGUCACCUGGCAAGCAGGACUACGCAAAACUGUUGAUUGGUUUCGUCGCCAUGGACACCGCUUUGAUAACAUCGAUCAUGCUCUUGAGGCCCAUCCAGUCAAUUUCAAAAAGACGUUCAAGAUAUUUUAG